AUGACUGACCCCAGCGCGACUUCAGAGGAAGACGCUAGAAGGGCACGCAUAGAGAAACAUCGCGAUGUGGUCGACAUGCUGGCCAAGGGCAUGACGAACGUCAAUCUGCGAUCGAGUGAAGAGUGGGGUGCUCUUGUACGCGAUAACCAGACAAAGGCCGCCGAAGAGCUCAAGAAAGAGAGGGAAGCGUGCGACACCAAGACCGAGAAGAUGAGAGCCGACUGCGAUACCAAGAUCGAGAAGAUGAGAGUAGAGGUUAAGGAGGCCCAGAGUACGUCAACCUGGAACUCAAACAACAUCUUCAAGAUGGAGGUCAACAAGGCCGCCGUUGAAAAGCGACUGGAGACUCAGGACGCGGAAGUCAAGCGCCUGCAGACAUUCGCAGACUCGAGCGCUGAGAACAACAUGCUCAAGUCGACUAUAGAGAAGCUGCAAGCUCAGCUCGAUGCCGCGACCGCAACGUCCUCGAAAGAGGCAGCUGAACUUCAGACGGAGGCUGCCAUCAAUCUUGCGAUGUCUGCAGCAACACGCGAAGCUGAGAGCGCGCGUGAGAUGUUACAAAAGACGGAAGACAACAAAGCCUCUGAGCUCGAUGCCCGCGAUAAGACUAUCGCGGCCCUCGAGGACUGGAUCGCCGCAGACAAGGUCACUUUGAGUCAUCUGCGCGAAACCAUGCGAGACUACCGUCUGCAGCUUCACGAGAGGAAAACUAUCAUUGACCAGCGAUCCGCCGCCAUGGAAAAGCUGACCGAGGCCUACGAUAUGGUCACGACUACGAACAGCAACCUCUGCCAACAGCUCCACGAAGCUUACCUUCUCGCGAAGACGAACAUGAAAGGGAUACGUUAA